AUGCCAGUGGCCAGCCGUUGGCUUCUGCUGUGCAUUGGCGCCCAUGCGCAGGAGAGUGCCGCUGGUUGCAGGUAUUUCCAUGAGACUGCUUGUGCAGCGGAGCCCUUUCGCAGCUUCUUCCAGGAGUGGCGGAAGAAGACAGAAUGUUGGCUUUGCAACAACCAGGAGCUGGUGCUCAGCGCCAAGGAGGUCUUGAAGGACUUCCUCUAUGUGGAACGGCCUGAGAUCCCUUCCUUGGGACAGGACCUGGAACUGCAUGGCACCUGGAAAGAGACGUGCCUGGCGGGCUUCUUGUUGGCGCUGUUUGCGACCACUCGAAGUCAGUCCGUGCAGCCUUGGCGCUUCUAUGAUGUAGGCUUGUCCUUGAUAAAUAGCUGCGCCUUUGACGAGGCCACCUUCUACGCACGCCAUGGGAUCACCACGGCACAGGUGGCCUACAAUUUCUACGUUUUGGGUCUCCCAUAUCAUUUGCCAGAUCCAGUCCUACACCUACAGGCGGCUGAGCUGAGCGAUGGAAUGCAUCGGCAGGAUGCGCCCUUGGUCAUCGACGUAGGCAUGGGUCUUGGAGCUGACUCGCGUUACUACCUCUCCCAAGGCUUCCGAGUCGUGGCGGUGGAGGCCAACCGAAAGGCCAUCGAGGUCGCCAUGACCAUCGAUUGGGUGAAGCCUCUCGUCACUGAGCCGUUGCUGGGGGGGAAGGGCCGAGCCGAGAUCCGGGAGGUCAUGAGCCCACUGCCAGCCCACCGCGUCCCCAGCACGACGCGUCCCGCGUACGUCACGUCGACGACGCUGUGGCUCGACGCCAUGGCGCUGUGGCUCGACGCCGAUCCGUCGGGCUUGACCUGGACCGGUCUCGACUGUGACGACGACCUGGCCUUGCUUUGCGCCGUGGCCCUGGAGCGACGAGGGUUGAGCGGUGUGCAGAUCACAGGUCUCUCCAUUUGUGGCGGCAAUGCGCCGUUAAGUCACACCUGGCCCAAUGCCUUGCAGCUGCUGCAGAGCAUCUCCUCUGAUUGGAAGAUCUUCAAAGGUGCCGGCUGGAGACGCAUGCGACCGGCUUGGGCAUCCCUGCGGCUCUUGUCAUCCCUCAUCGUGGAGGACGACGCGGACGACGCAGCAGAGGCCUUGGCAGCUGCGGCGAAGGGCUUUCCGCCAAAGGAGCUGAGUGUUCUGAUGCUGGGGCCCGCCACCAACCUGGCCAUCGCUUUUCGACGCUUCCCAUGGCUCGCGCAGCACCUGAAGCGCGUGGUGCUCAUGGGCGGGGAGCUCACGGGGCGACGACUGGAUUUGAACUUCAUGUCGGACCGCGCCGCGGCGCGCGAGGUGAUCUCGGCCGGGGUGGGAAAUCUCACCUUGGUGCCGAUCCAGACCUGUGCGCAGGUGUCGGUGACGGCGGAGUUUCUGCGCCGCUUGGAGACCUGCCCAGCCUCGGCCGCCCGCGCAGUGCUGCCGAAGAUGUGGCUGCAGACUUGGCUCAUGCCAAGCUUGGUGAACCGACGUGUACAGCUGGCCCUCAAGGGUUGGCCUGCCAGUAGCAACUUGGAUCGUGGAUUCAUCCCUUGGGACGUGGUGGCCUUGAUGGCCACGUUACGGCCAGACAGUUUCGACCAAUGGGAGAGGCUCCACGUGUCCUUCCCUCCUUGCGAGCUGGAGCCAUGCAAUGGCACCAUGUCCAUCUCCAGUUCCACGGCCGAUGGAGGUCCGGUGUGGGUGCCAAAGGUGCUCCGCAACGAGACCCUCUUCCUGGAAGAGAUGUUGGACAUGCUGUGCUCUGUCCCCAUGAGUGGCCCGAAGCCGACCUUGCAGUGGGGCUUUCUCGUGCAAGCAGUGGCUGCACCUGGCCAGGGCGGCCGACAGCAAACGAUCUUCGCCUUCGACGAGCGUCCGGAGCAGAGCAACGCUCAGCCCUGGGUGGAAGAGCUGGGCGGCAAAGCAGAAUCGGUGCGCACAGUGGAGUGCGCCGAUUUGUUGCGGGUCUUCGGCCAACCCGUCUACAUGAAGAUUGAUGUGGAGUCCAGCACCAUUGAUUGCCUGGACUCUUUGGUUCAUGCAGCAGGCAGCCGAGCCAUCCACCUCCCCAAGUUCAUCUCCAUGGAGUUGGAGGCCGCCUCGCUCUUUGAGCGCUUUUAUGUCAACCUGAAAGGCUUGGGCUAUCUCUACUACAAGGCAUGUCGCCAGUACAUCUAUUCUCCUGCGCCUUGCGAACAGGGCCGCUACAGCCGUGAGGUCCCUGGCUGCGGCAGUGGGCCCUUCGGUACGGCCGCCGUGGACUACCAGGAGGGGCUCAGGUGGAAAGCCAUAGAUCGAUUACCUUCAGACCGACAAUGGGUGGAAGAGUUUGAACGUGGAUUGGAUUGGUUCGACCUGCAUGCGAUGCGUCCAACGUGA